GUUCCAAACACACCGGGCAGCUGACCUGCUCAUCUGUUACAGAAGAUGUCUCAAAGGAAUUUGCUCCAAACCUCCAUCAGAGCUCUGUUUCUACUUCUUCUUUGUAGCCUGGUUGUUGGCGAGAUCGGCAAGGACUUCUCCCACUGCCCUAAUUUCUUCUAUAAUAAAACUCCCCCACAGGGUGUCAGCGCACCAGGAUAUCAGCCAAUAUGCCAGCGCUAUAGAAACCAGUACCACUUUGCCAGCCUGUAUGAUCGUCAGCGUCGAGUGCCUUUGUUCUCUGCGUACAGACUGAGUCCUGCUGAUGGCAAACGACCCAAAUCCGUUUGGAUGUAUGAACCGCAGUUGGCAUUUUCCGGUGCCAGCCCAGAUAUGAAGCAUUUUGAAACCCCUGUCGACCAGAAUGUGAUUGAAAGCCAGGCGGUGCUUGAUGACUACAGGAACUCAAGCUUUACCAAGGGUCAUCUCAAUCCCAGCUUGCACCAGAAGACGCUCGACAACCGGAAAGCCACCUUUACCCUGACAAACAUUGUCCCCCAAAAAGAGGGCUCCAACUCUGGACCCUGGAACAAACUGGAGAAUGACGUGUUGAGAGAUUUCAAGACGUUCUGCAACGGGACCAUGUACGUGAUCACCGGGGCCAUGCCAUACAAAUCUGGGGACCACUGGAUUAAUAACAGGGUGUCUGUUCCUGAAUACAUGUGGUCUGCCUACUGCUGCCCAUCAUUCAAAUCUGAUCUCCCUAAUAAUGUGAAGCAGUUUUUCCCCACGUGUGCUGCAGUUGGAAGAAACGACCCGAACAGCGGCGAGGAGAUUGUGCCGGUUAAUAAGAAUGCGAAGCCCAGCGUGCGGGGCUAUGAUGUGAGGAGGAUGCCAUUAGAGAACCUGGAGGGUAUCCUGGCAAAAAGACUGGCCAUGCCCAUCAGUCUGUUUGAUAACCGCUGUCAGGCAUAAAAGCCUUUAGCUUGACCGGACUCUGAUAAACUCGCUGCAGUUUUAAUUAUCGAGCUUCUGCUUGAUUAUCGAGGACAUGAUGGACUGAAAUUGUUUUUUCCCCCUGAUUGACUUUGUAAAAAUGUAAUUUCCCCUCCUGCUAAGGUCAUUUCACUCACAUUUAAUAGCAUUAUAAUUUUCCAAUUAAUCAAGACUGAAGUGUGUGAUUUUAAUGUUUAUUCUCCAAUAGAUUCAAAAGCCAAACACAGAGAGUAGCAAGCGCUCAGUUCUUUUAAAUAAAACUGCACUGGUUUUAACAUGAGUCAGUUAUUGAUUACAUAUUACAAAUGUACAUUUGAGCUGGAACACUAUCAAUAAAU